AUGGCUACAUUAAUUGUUCCAAAUCUCCCAGUUUCUGGAAAGAACGCCUUUGACAGUUGCUCUUGUUCCUGUGUAAAGUGUCUCUGUAACAAACUCCUCGAUAGUAUCACCACAUACAAUGACGCUAGUGAUAACUUCACCAUGGAAGUUGCAAUUCAAUCGUGUUGUUCCACCGAUCCAUCCAAUUCCAACACAGCUGCCAAUGCCACAUCAAGCAUCUCUUCCAACUGUGGUUGUGAAUCAAAUUCCUGUUGUGGUCUCUCCACUCUUUUCUCAUACCAAGAUUUCACUAUUUUCGUACCAAAUCUUGAAAAACAACACAUUGAACCACUUGAAAAGUUAUUAAAUAGCUUAUCAACUGUUCUCUCUGCCAAAGUCAACAAUAACAAAUUCGUAGAGAUUCACACCAAUUCACAGAGAUCUAUCUUCUCAAUUCUCUCUGUAUUCAAAUCAUUAAAUCUUACAAUUGCCUCUGUCCAAUCCAAUCAAUGUCCAAAGCCAUCAUCUUUAGAUGAUAUUGAUAUUGAUGAUGAUUUCAUUUCACCGGAAAUGAAUGGUGGAAAUGGUGGUAGUGCCAACUAUUCAAGUGAAGACGAGAAGGAUGAAAAGAUCUUCCAAAUCUCUGGAAUGGUCUGCCAAUUGGGUUGUGCCAAAAUCAUUGAAACCAAGUUUAUGGAGAACAGCAGAAUCUCCAAUGCCUACGUUAAUUUCUCUGCUCAAACCUUACAUAUUCGUGGAGAUGUAUCCGAUAGAUCGGUCAUCAGAAAGGUUGAAAAGUUGGGUUUCAAAUGUGAACGUAUCAAAAAAGAUCAAGUCAGUUUAAUUUCACCAAUCGACCAAUCACCAGUAUGUAUAAUUCCACAAAAGAACAAUAACAACAACUCUCCAAAGCAACAGCAACAACAACAACGUGCAACUGAAAUCGAAAUGAUUUCAAUCGAAUCAUCACCUGUAAAAGAAUCAUUCCCAGAGAUCAAAGUUGAAACUCCAUCGUCUGAAACCAAUACAAUUGCUAUCGGUGUCUAUGGUAUGACUUGUGCGUCGUGUGUCGGUAUUGUAGAGCAUGGUGUCAAGUCGGUUGCCGGUGUCGUAGAGUGCUCAGUGAAUCUUUUGGCGGAGCGAGCUGAAGUUACUUAUCAUCCAGCUGUUGCCACUCUCAAGGACAUAUUGGAGAUCUUGGAUACUCUUGGUUACGAAACCAAGGUUCUCCACACUCCAAAGCCAGGUACAUUCUUCAUUGCCAUCGACGAGAUGCCAUCGACUUCCAAUGCACUCGAUGCCCAAAAUUCGUUGAGUUCACUCAGCGGUGUCACUUCAGUUGAGCCACACGAGAACGACAAUGGAAAGAUCGUAUUCAAAAUCGAAGCCGACGCAUUGGUCGUUGGACCAAGAAGCGCCAUCAGAAAGUUGGCCGAAAGCAAAAUCGUUGCGACACUCUACAGUCCCGAUACUGACGAAGCUAAAGAUUCACUCUUGAGAAAGCGUGAAAUUCAAAAGUGGAGACGUUACUUCAUCUUCUCCAUUGCUUUCACCGCUCCACUGAUUGUGAUUGCUAUGAUUCUCACACCGGCCAAAGUUCCAUUCGUAAUGAAGGAAAUUACUAUGGGGUUGCCCGUGGAAGCACUUCUUGGUUUCAUUCUUGCAACACCCGUUCAAUUCUACACUGGUCUCACCUACUACAAGGCAUCGUGGGGUGCACUUAGAAAUCUUCAUGGUAACAUGGAUCUUUUGGUUGCCAUUGGUUCGAGUGCCGCCUAUAUCUACUCCGUCUUGUCAAUCGUCUUGGGAAUGGCAAAUCCAGAUUAUAUGGGUAUGCAUUUCUUUGAGACAUCAGCAUCGCUUAUCACCUUUAUCACUUUGGGUCGUUGGCUAGAGAAUAUCGCCAAGGGACACACCUCAUCUGCCAUCGUCAAGCUCAUGAAUCUUCAAUCCAAAGAGUCGAUCCUCAUCAACGCCAACUAUGAUGAAGAGAAAGGUACUUUUGAAGCACUCUCUGAAGAGAUUAUCCCAUCGAAUUUGAUUCAAUACAACGAUAUUCUCAAGGUGGUUCCAGGUGCCUCGGUUCCAACUGACGGUGUUGUUAUCUAUGGUACAUCGUCUAUCGAUGAAUCCAUGUUAACCGGAGAAUCCGUUCCAGUCUCCAAGAAGCCAGGUGACGAUAUCACUGGUGGUACUGUCAAUCUCGAGGGUGCAGUCUACGUUCGUGCCAACAAAGUCGGAUCGGAAUCAACUCUCUCACAAAUCAUCUCUCUCGUUCAACAAGCUCAAACCUCCAAAGCACCAAUUCAAGAGAUUGCCGACAAGAUCUCAAAGGUAUUCGUUCCGGGUAUCGUUCUUAUUGGUUUGUUCACUUUCGCUUUGUGGAUGAUUCUCGGUGCAACCGAUGCCUAUCCAGAGAAGUGGAGAAACGGUAACAGUUCUUUCUUGUUCUCUUUCUUGGCAUCGAUCGCUGUCAUUGUUAUUGCUUGUCCAUGUGCUCUUGGUUUGGCCACUCCAACUGCAGUCAUGGUUGGAACUGGUGUCGGUGCUCAACUUGGUAUCUUGAUUAAGGGUGGAAAAGCUUUGGAGACCGCUCACAAGACAUCGGCUGUUCUCUUUGACAAGACCGGUACCAUCACCACCGGAAAGAUGACAGUCACCGAAUAUCAAACUCCAGACAACUCACCAGCUCAUUUGAAAGAGUUCUUUACCUUUGUAGGAUCUGCCGAGAGCGGAUCGGAGCAUCCAAUUGGUCGUGCCAUUGUAAAGUAUUGCAAGGAGAAGUUGGCUGCCGAAGACGGAAGAUCUGAGAAGGAAAUCCAAUUCCCAAUGGUCGAAGACUUCAAAGGUGUUCCGGGUCGUGGUCUUGUCUGCCACAUCGAAGGAAACAAGGUUCUCAUCGGUAAUCUUAGUUUCAUGAAGGAGAACGAUAUCAAAGUCGAUCAACGUUAUGUCGACGCUGCUCAAGAGAUGGAAACCAACGGUAAAACUGUCAUCUACAUCAUGUACAAGAGCGAAUUCCGUGGAAUCAUGUCGAUUUCCGAUGUACCAAGAGACGAUUCCAUGAUUGCCAUCAAGAAACUUCAUCAACUCGGUUUGAAAUGCUACAUGGUCACCGGUGACAAUCGUCGUGCCGCCAAGUUUAUCUCAAAGGAAGUCGGUAUUCCCGAGGAAAACAUCUUCUCUGAAGUCAUUCCAAAGGAGAAAGCCGAUAAGGUUCGUCAACUCCAAGAGCAAGGUCACGUUGUCUGCUUCGUUGGUGACGGUAUCAACGAUUCGCCAGCACUCUCUCAAGCGGAUGUCGCCGUAUCCGUCGCAACCGGUACUGACAUUGCUAUUGAAUCGUCAUCGAUCGUUCUCUUGAAGAACUCACUCACCGAUGUCUACCGUUCGAUCCAUCUCUCGCGUGUAGUGUUCCGUCGUAUCAGAAUCAACUUCACACUGGCACUCAUCUACAAUCUCUGUGCAGUGCCACUGGCAGCCGGUCUCUUCCUUGUUAUUUUUGGAGUUGAACUGCCACCAAUGGCAGCAGCCGCAGCAAUGGUUAUCAUUUCAGAUACAACUGAUUAUUUGCCAGUACCAAAAAUAUUUUUUAUAAUGGUUCAAAUUGCUAGAAAUAUACACGACACUCUAAAAAACACUCCUGAACCUUAUAGAAAAGAGAGAUCCAAAGAAUUUAGAGUUCAGUUUUCUAUAUUUGUUUCGAUUGAAUUACCUAAAAAAGAAAAGAGUAUAUCAUCAACUGAACAACAGAUGGAAGAAUCAAACGGUGCAUCAUCAAUGACCAUCAUAAAUGUUCAUCAUGACAAUAAUAAUUGCAUUCUUUUGGAAGAGUUCUUAUGGAAUGGCAAUAGUGUAUGGAAUGGUACUUUAAUAUUCAUUAUGUAUUGUAUUUUGAACAAAGAUAUAAAAGAAUCUUAUAGAAAAUCAUUUGAAAAAUUAAAAAAUAGUUGUAGGAAAAAUAAGAAGAACAUUCACAAAAAAGAAACAAAACAAAAAGUUGAACAUCAUCAAAUCUCAUUGCCACAACUGUGUAUUGAAAUAAAUGAAAAAAUGGCUAGCAGAAAUGGUGGUAAAGAAUAA